UUAUUAUUUUUAUCUAUCUGUAAUAAUCAUAACCCUUCGCCUACAUAUCCCAGAAUUCCCCGGCGUUGUUUAUUUAGGCUAAACCUCAGCUGCUCAGACUCUGCACGGGGCUGCACGGUGUGUGUGGUAGUACUCGUAGUAAUGCAGUCCUUUCGAUUUUUGUUGCUUUGCUUUAAAAUGAAAACCAUGCUCGGCUGAAUCUGCGUUGCUGACAGAGACAAAAACAGGAACAUGAAAUGGAGAUCACACGGGCCAGACCGUCUUUGUAUGGAGAAAUCGCACACGGCCUUGGAUUCUGGACAGACCGGUCAGCAGUGCACGAGGCUGCUGCACAAGGCAGGGCCUUCCAGUUGCAGCAGCUGAUCGAGGGAGGUGCCGCAGUUAACAUAGUGGCUGUGGACUCCAUCACUCCCCUGCAUGAGGCCUGUAUACAGGGACAGGCCCAGUGUGUUAGACUGCUGCUGGAUGCUGGCGCACAGGUGGACGCUCGUAACAUCGAUGGUAGCACGCCACUGUGUGAUGCUUGUGCAGCUGGCAGUCUGGAUUGUGUCAAGCUGCUGCUGGAGUAUGGAGCAACUGUAAAUCCCCCACUGUUCACCUUCUCACCUCUUCAUGAAGCCUGCAUGGGAGGGAAUUCAGAUUGUGUUCAGCUCAUGAUCGAUCAAGGAGCUCACAUGGAGGCCCAUGACUGCCACUAUGGGACACCGCUCCAUGUAGCCUGUGCCAGGCAACAUUAUGACUGCGCCAAAGUUCUCCUCAAUGCAGGGGCAAACGUGAACGCAGCCAAGCUCCACGAGACAGCUCUUCAUCACGCAGCCAAGGCAAAAAACACAGAUUUGAUUGAGUUGCUUGUGGAGUUUGGGGGGAAUGUGUACGCCAGGGAUAACCUGAACAAGAAACCUAUCCACUACACCACUCUGGGAUCCCCAUCGUAUCUCUGCCUCGAGUUCUUUGAGAAUAACCCCCUGAGUUUACAGCAGCUCAGCAGGGUGGCAGUGAGGAGGAUUCUCGGCAGAAGAGCGCAUAAAGUUGUUUCUAGGCUGGACUUGCCCAAUCGUAUCAUAAGCUUCCUCUCUUACAUUCCGGCUCCAGUAAUUGAAAUUUAAUCGCUGGUUGCAUCGGCUGUUCCUGUGGCCCUUUCUUCUGAAAGUCAUGUGACAGGAUGCUGGAGCUGGCAGCGAUACCACACAGAUGUCUUAACAUUUCCCAAACUAGAUGGGUGUAUAGAUUUUUAUUUUAUUUUUUUCAGUUAAAUACGAUGACUUUUUGUCAAAGCAUGCUGAAAAUGGGAUUUUUUUUUUUUUUUAAGGUCAUAGCUACAGCAACAAAUUAUUUUGACAAACUGCAAGAAAACCCUGCAGUAUUUAGCCUUGAUGUUCGACGUAGUUGGCAAACUGCAGCCUCUGCAUCAAAUGAAUGUUAGGUCCAAUGUUUUUUGUUUUUUUUUAAAUGCCCUUUUCCUCUAAUUUCCUCCACCCAAUACCGAGAAAAAUCUCCGCACCUUCUAUUGCUCAGGGCUUUGGUCCUUGCCAGGUUGUGCACAAUUUUGGCAAGCGAUUUGCUGCCAUAUGGGAAGACCGAAAGAUGAAUUUUUGCCUUUUAAGGCCAUGCGCAGCAAGUGUCAACCUCACACAGGGGGUUUCCAUAUUUUAGAUCUCCUUUCAGAACUGUGGGGGUGUGUGCCGACUUGUCUGGUAAGCUCCCGGUGUGCAUUUGUUGCAACAGGCCAAGUUCCACCUUUAAUAUCCAUUAUUAGUAGUUUUGAUUUCAUGUACUUCCCCCUCCUAAUAUUGGGUCCACUUAAGCAGAAGUUGUGAAUUGGUAUCCGUAUCGGAACGCACCAGAGGCUUUGGCAGCACCACUCAUCAUUUCACAUUUCUUGGAAUAAUUUGUGUCGCUGUUGAUAUAACACCGUUUGUUUUGUGGAGUUUGACAUAGUAAGAAAAUACUUGUCUUGUUCUUGACUCACACAUACUUGAACAAGUAUGUGUGGAUGUAAGUUUGAAAACCAAAAAAAACCUAAAACCCUGCAAUACUCUGUAAUACUACAUUAACUGUUUUGGGAACAUGUGGUUUGAUUACUAGGACUGCAUCAUUAUAUGAAUUUGUGUAUAUUCUGUAAGUAUUUAUUUUUAAUGUAAAUUUGUACAUAAUACAGAUAGUUCUACCUCUAUCAAAUCUGUGUAAAUAAAUACCAGAUGACUACCAGAUGAAUUUAAAAAUAA